UAUUCAUUUUCGUGCAAGAGGAUGAUCGUGGUGGUCUCGUUGGAGUAGCGCCGUAAAAUAGUGCUGUGAGUGAAUUGUGUUUAAGUGUUUCACCUCAGCUGAACUGAAAGUGCCACCAUGUUUAGCUGGUUAAAGAAGGAGGGUGAAAAAACGGAGAGCAUCGACACUGUCGUCGAGGGACUCAAAAAAAUCUACAAACAGAAGUUGUUGCCACUCGAGCAGCAUUAUCAGUUCCAUGACUUUCACUCGCCACAACUGGAGGAGCCGGACUUCGAUGCAAAGCCCAUGAUCCUGCUCGUGGGUCAAUAUUCCACCGGCAAGACGACAUUCAUAAAGUACCUUCUGGAGCGAGAAUUCCCUGGCAUUCGCAUUGGACCCGAGCCCACCACAGACCGCUUCAUUGCCGUCAUGUACGAUGAGAAGGAAGGCGUUAUUCCCGGAAACGCGCUCGUCGUCGACCCGAAGAAACAGUUCCGACCCCUCAGCAAGUUCGGAAACGCCUUCCUUAACCGCUUCCAGUGUUCGACAGUAGCGUCACCGGUGUUGCGCGGCAUUUCCAUCGUGGAUACUCCUGGUAUUCUGUCAGGCGAGAAACAGCGUGUGGACAGAGGAUACGACUUCACUGGCGUGUUGGAGUGGUUUGCAGAACGUGUAGAUCGCAUCAUCCUCUUGUUCGACGCGCAUAAGCUUGAUAUCUCUGACGAGUUCCGGCGCAGCAUAGAAGCGCUGCGCGGCCACGACGAUAAGAUUCGCAUCGUGUUGAACAAAGCUGACAUGAUAGACCACCAGCAGUUAAUGCGUGUGUACGGCGCGCUUAUGUGGUCUCUCGGGAAGGUGCUACAGACGCCAGAGGUGGCGCGAGUCUACAUCGGCUCCUUCUGGGACCAGCCUCUGCGCUAUGACGUAAACCGCCGCCUCUUUGAGGACGAGGAACAGGACCUCUUUAGAGACAUGCAAUCCCUCCCCAGAAAUGCAGCACUACGAAAACUUAAUGAUUUAAUCAAAAGGGCGCGCCUCGCGAAAGUACACGCAUACAUAGUCAGUGAGCUAAGGAAAGAAAUGCCAUCAAUGUUUGGUAAAGAUGGCAAAAAAAAGGAACUCAUCAAAAACUUGGGACAAGUGUAUGACAGGAUCCAGCGUGAACAGCAGAUUUCUCCCGGAGACUUCCCAGAUAUUAAGAAAAUGCAGGAAACUCUAGCCAAUCACGACUUCACAAAGUUCCACCCUCUCAAGCCCAAGCUUCUUGAAGUGGUUGAUCAUAUGCUCGCCACAGACAUUGCCCGCCUUAUGGAUAUGAUUCCACAAGAAGACACUAAUAAUGUUGUCUCCGAGCCAUUCAUCAAAGGCGGCGCAUUUGAAGGCGUAGAAGACCAGGUGUCACCGUUCGGCUACGGGCGCGGCGAGGGUGUCGACGCGGGCCACGGCGACCCCGAAUGGAUCUGCAGCCGCGAGAAGCCACGCUACGAUGAAAUGUUCCGAGGACUCAACCCCAUCGACGGCAAGGUCACAGGCGCUGCGGCCAAGACGGAGAUGGUGAAAUCGAAGCUGCCCAACUCGGUGCUGGGCAAGAUAUGGAAGCUGGCCGACAUCGACAAAGACGGGUUCCUCGACGACGAGGAGUUCGCGCUCGCCAUGCACCUCAUCCAGGUGAAGAUCGACGGGCACGACCUGCCCGCGGACCUGCCGCCGCAUCUAGUACCACCCUCCAAGCGGAACUGAGACGUACAAGGAUUGGUAAGGUUACGCUCCAUCGGCAGCGACGAAGGCAAAUAUAUCUACCCAUUUAUCCUGUAGAAAUACUCCCUAACAGAUAUUCAACAGUCCUAUGACAGUUCUAGAGAAUAUUUAGCUAGUACCGUCCUGUGAAAGUUGACGAGUUUGUAAUAUUUUACUGAUUGCCUUCGUCUUUGUCGUUUGGAAUCUUGUGAUUGAUCGAAUUCGGUGAUGCAAUCUAAACCGACCGUUGGCGGAAAGAGGCUACAUGUAUCCUAAAGUAAUUUAAGAUUUCAGUAAAGGAAUGCUCAUUAUGUAAGCUUUACAAUUUUAUAUUCUUCCGCUAACGGGUGCUCCGAUUAAAUGCGUCAAUUGGUCCGUUCGAUUUUCAAGCAGCGGUUUUCAUGCAUAAUAAUAAAACCUAUACACCGCGAAUGAUUGUUAAGCCGUGAAUUGUUGUAAAAACAAAUUAUAUUUUUUGUGCGUUGAAAAUACGUAUGAUAAAAUAUAGUAUGUUUAGUUAUUGAUGUGACGAGCUAAUGCUCGUGUGUGAUCGAAUGCUGUGAGGGACUCGUUUGUAUCGCCGCGGCCGCGCACAGACUGCGUCACGCACCCACACCCCCCUGUGUCCUCCCACUCGCUUGUGUGACUGUCUGCAGCUUUCCUUACUCUUGUUCUGUGGCAGAGAGCGGCGUGGCUCUACCACCUGUGUGUGUACACUAAUACAACAACUGCAUUAAGCAUAUCGUAUGUGUCUAUUGAGAUGAAUGAUUUUUAAAUUAUAUCAGGACGUGGCAAUUAUUUAGUGGCAAUAUCUACAUUAUUUAUCGAAAUUUUUAAUAAGAAUUUGUUUUUAUGAGAGAGUAUUUCAUAUUUUAUAUCUUAAACGUUGCUCCCAAUAUUUAGCUUAACUACUUAAUUUAUUUGGCAAGGUGAAGUUGGUGCUCCAAGAGGUUACGUUUAGUUACAUCCUCAUCUGUAUUAGUUCAUAACAUUAUAAUAAUAUUCAUCAUUCACCUGUUUUCUAUUGUUUUAUUUGUCCUCAUUACAUUAGGUAUAUAUACUUUAUUAAUUGAAACAGUUACAGUACUAAGGUGGUUCCUAUUAGGUGAUUCUGGACCAGGACAGAAACAAAAGAAGUAAUUAAUAUUAUUUCAAUAACAUUCAUUAUGUACCUUCCUUCAUUAAACAUUCUAAGGUAACUACAGUUAAUACAUGUCGAUUGUCUAAAGCUGGCGUGAACUGACAAAUAAGAGAGAGAAAGUAUAUCUGUGUAGGUCUUAGGAUGACACAUCUACAACUACAUAUUUAAUUCACCUCGGCUUAGUUCAAUCGAUCGGUAUUUUGCAUAUACUUUGUAUAACAGUAGCUCGACCUAAAAAUAUUGCAUUUAUUAUGAAACCUUCAGAUUGUUCAGUGCCUUUGCUACAAAUAAGUAGAGAGCGGUCUACGGGACCGCUCGCUCGCCCGGUCUCGGCAGUAGCUUCUAUAAUUAUUACUACUCUGUUCUAAAAGAUAAAGCCCGCCGCGCGGGAACUCUGUGUAAAUAGGUACAGAUUUUUAUAUGCGUUAGAUAUUUGGAAUCCAUUUUGUGCGUCGUUCCGUGUGAACACACGGUUUCGAGAUUUAUUUCGAUAAAAGUUUGCUAACACUGGACGGGGCACGCAAUGAACGUUUUUACAUUUGCUAUUGUGUGUACAUAAUUAUAUGUAAAUUUAUUAAAAAUAUCGUAAAUUAUACAUAGAGUGUAAUAAAUAGAUAAGAAUUCAAUGGUUAA